GUACUUUUUAAACUUCAAAUGAAAGGAUAAAAGGGUAAUAAGGUAAAUUUAAAGCAUCCAAUAUUCGCCUGGCAAAUACCUGUCUCAUAUGCGUUCGAGUCCGUUUCUGUUUUCUUAAACAAAGAGAAAAACGUUUAAAAAAUAAAAAUCCACUGAGGCAAAGAGAGAGAAACCGAAAGGCAGAGAGGAAUUUUUUUGGCAUCUUAAACUCCAAAGAGGAGUUUCACUAAUUUCACCGCCCAAAAAGAAAAAUAUUGACUCCCUUGUUUAUUUUCAGUUUACGAAUAACUCUUUUUUUCUUUUUUUCUUUUUUUGCUUAAAGAAGAAAGAAAAAAAAAAUGGCCGGUUCACAGAUCGGAGAAUUAAAAAUGGAAGGAUGGUUACAUAUAAUUCGUUCGAAUCGGAUUGGAUUACAGUACUCAAGGAAACGUUACUUUGUUCUUGAAGAUCAUCUGCUUAAGAGCUUCAAAUCCAUGCCCGUUUCCAAUCUCCAGGAACCUGAUCGAAGUGUUAUUAUUGAUUCCUGCAUUCGAGUUACAGACAAUGGGAGAGAGAGCAUUCACAGCAACGUAUUCUUCAUAUUCACUCUUUAUAAUAGUUCUAAUCACAAUGAUCAACUUAAGCUAGGAGCUAGUAGUCCUGAGGAAGCAGCAAGAUGGAUUCAAUCCUUCCAGGAAGCAGCUUUAAAGGGUGGUACAUACCCUGGAAAUGAUGUUGCUUGUUCAAAGAGCAGAUGGCAGUCCUUUAGAUCGACUGGUUCCAGUAACACAAAUCAUAACAAUUCUAUUGACUGGACUCUUUGUUCAUCCACAAAGAUGGACAGAGUGACAUCUGAUGUUGUAGCACCUUCACCUUGGACAAUCUUUGGCUGUCAGAAUGGUCUUAGACUGUUUAAAGAAGCUAAAGAUAGGGAUUCUCAUGGAAAGUGGGAUGAUCAUCCUGCGAUCAUGGCUGUGGGUGUCAUAGAUGGAACUUCAGAAGCCAUUUUCCAGACACUUAUGUCUCUUGGACCCUCAAGAUCAGAAUGGGAUUUCUGUUUCUACAAGGGUAGUGUGAUUGAACAUCUUGAUGGUCAUACUGAUAUCAUUCACAAGCGGCUAUACGGUGAUUGGUUACCUAUGGGAAUGAAAAGGAGGGAUCUCUUGUUGCGCCGCUAUUGGAGAAGAGAAGAUGAUGGAACAUAUGUUAUUCUGUACCACUCAGUGUUUCACAAGAAGUGCCCCCCACAGAAAAGCUAUAUCCGUGCCUGCCUUAAAAGUGGUGGAUAUGUCAUAUCUCCUCUGAAUGAAGAAAAACACUCAGUUGUAAAACACAUGCUUGCAAUUGAUUGGAAGUUCUGGAAAUUUUAUCUUAAAACUUCUGCAGCCCGAUCUAUUACCAUCCGUAUGCUUGAGAGAGUUGCUGCGUUAAGAGAGUUAUUCAAAGCAAAACAAGGAAAAUAUCCUUCUGCUGAUAUUUCAUCUGGAGAGUUGAUACAGGCUGUUAGGUUGCAACGGAGUGAAGAGGACUGUGUAGUUGAUAUGUGCACACAGAUAGAGGCUGGAAAAUCAAAGGAAAAUUUGAGUGAAGGAAUGGAAAAGGCAUCUUCAGAGCACUCGAGUCUGGUAGGUCUUAAUGAUGCUGCUGAUGAAUUCUUUGAUGUUCCAGAACCAACAGACUAUGAUCAAUCAACAGAUGGGUGGGAUUCUGACUAUGCUCCUGAAGUAUACUCUCAGGAUACACGCCAAACAAAGUUAUCAACUGCUGCUGUUUUUGUGAAAAAGUUACAUGAUCUUGCAGUCCAGAAAAGGGGCUACAUGGACUUACAAGACAUGACGAAGGAAGAUGGCAUAUGUUGCUCCUAUGGAAACACUCUUCCCAAAGAUCCAACUUGUACAUUACCCUGCAGUUGGACAGCGGCAGAACCCUCCACAUUUUUAAUUCGUGGGGAGAAUUACCUAGAAGAUUGUAAGAAGUUUAAGGCAAAGGGCACAUUAAUGCAAAUGGUCGCUGCAGAUUGGCUAAGAUCUGACAAACGCGAAGAUGAUCUAGGAGGGCGUCCUGGGGGCAUUGUUCAGAAAUAUGCUGCUCAGGGUGGACCAGAGUUUUUCUUCAUUGUAAACAUACAGGUGCCAGGUUCAGCAACAUAUAGCCUAGCACUAUACUAUAUUAUGAAUACUCCAGUCGAAGAUUCACCCUUACUGUAUAACUUCAUCAAUGGUGAUGACGCAUAUAGAAAUUCAAGGUUUAAGCUCAUUCCAUAUAUAUCAAAGGGGUCGUGGAUAGUCAAGCAGAGUGUCGGAAAGAAAGCUUGUCUCAUUGGCCAAGCAUUGGAAAUUAAUUAUUUCCGUGGGAAGAACUACUUGGAGCUUGGGAUUGACAUUGGGUCAUCGACGGUGGCAAGAGGCGUGGUCAGUCUUGUGCUUGGUUACCUCAACAAUCUGGUUAUUGAAAUGGCAUUUUUGAUACAGGCAAAUACAGAAGAGGAGCUACCAGAGUAUCUUCUUGGAACAUGCCGGCUGAACCAUCUUGACGCAUCAAAAUCUAUUACAGUAAAAGUAUGAAUAAUUAUUUAUUCUCAACCUGAUGUUUACUAGGCUACACUAGGCUGGUUAAGAAGCUUGGGUGAUGAUUGAUGAAAUUGAAGAAUACCAAAAAUCAUAUUAUUGCAUUAUGGCAUUGCUGCUGCCGCUGCUGCCGCUGCUGCUUCCACAGAUAGAAUUGCAUUCUUUCUUUUUCUUUUUCUUUUUUAAUUAUUUUUAUCAAAUGGUCAUUAUCUACCUAACCCUUGGUGCUCUGUACGUAUCAUCGUAGUAUUUAAAAUGGAAAACCAGUUUUUGUGUAGAAAUAUGACACCCUUAAUUAGUGUGUAUUUAAAAAGAAUCCCAGUUUUUUAAA